ACCCAGACCAGAUGCGACGUCUGACCAGCAAUCGCAACCAUGGCCAGAAUCGAUCCUGCGUUGCAAAAGUUUCUAUUACCUCUGAAGAUUGAUCACGACAGGCUGUAUCGCUUGUCUUACCGCCUCUCUCGAACAUACCGUGAACUGGCCGCCAGCUCCUCAGAGCAGUUCUUCCCCACUGCCACCACGCGUCUGCCUACAGGUCAAGAAACGGGCCGCUAUCUAGCAGUCUACCUUGGCUUGUACUAUCUGCGAGUAGCCUUUAUUGACCUAUUGGGCGAAGAGCAAAUAGGCAAACAUUCCCAUGUCCGACGCACGCUAGAGAAAGCGUGGCCGAUCGAAGACCGGCUGCGCCGAGAUCAGCCUGAUUCACUAUUUUCCUGGAUUGGAGAUUGUAUCGCAGAAGUGAUUCACGAUGACCUGGCCAAUUCCAAAGAUGAGACGCCUUCAGAGCUGGCCAUGGGUAUUUCAUUCUGUUUUCCUAUUAAACAAAACUCCGUCAACGAGGCUAUCCUCAUGCCAACUGGCAAGGGCUUUGCUCUGGGAUCUUCUCUUAACCUCCAUCAAGCCCUUCUCGAUGGCUAUGAAUGCCAUAUCCGGCGCUCAGUGGAAGAUGACCCCGCCGAGAUGCCCGCGAAACGGCAAAAGAAAUAUUGUCUACCUAAGCUUAAAAUCUCCGUCAUGACUAACGAUACUAUCUCCACACUUGCAUCACUGGCUUACUCCAUUCGCGCCCUACCCAAUACGCGCGUCGUGAUGGGUCUGCUUGUAGGCGCGGGCUGCAACUCUGCCGUACCGAUGAAGCUUACCGAUCUGCAAGAAUCGAAAAUCCGACAUAUCCGAGAGAAGGACCCCGACGCAAUGGAAUCGGUUGUUUCCACUGAAUGGACCCUUCGAGGUGCAACGGGGCCAUUGCAGGAAUUCGAUGUUGUGACCAAAUGGGACACCGAAUUGGAUACUCAUUCAAAUCUGCCCGGUUUCCAGCCCCUUGAGUAUAUGGUGGGCGGUCGCUAUAUUGGCGAGCUGGUGCGCAUAAUCAGCUAUGACUGGUUUGUAAAUAUCAAGGCUGUGCCACGAUCGUCAAUGCCCGUGAAGUUGGUCACCGAAUAUGCUCUCACGACGAAUUUCCUUUCCCUCUCGGUGGCAUCAAGCUACUCAAAUGAGAAGUUGGCCGAAGACCUGAUGCGAGAAAUGCCCCCUCCAGAGUCCAAUGAUUGGGUGUGGACGGCCGAGUAUGCUGGUCAUAUUCGCGCCAUUGCAGCUGCCGUACAGGACCGAUCUGCUGCGCUGAUUGCUGCCGCCACUGUUGGUCUUCUCGCGUGUAUUCGUGAGAUCGAAUUGCAAGAUAAAGACAAUCCCGAUGUGAUAGCCAAAAAUUCCAAUGGAAGCCAGCAGAAAUUGACCGAAGACCGAAAGAUCCCGCAUUUCGGAUCUUCAACGCCUGGCUGGCUCAAGGGGCCGGAGGAAUUGGUUGUCGCUGUCAAUGGUGGUGUCAUUCAGCAUUAUCCGCAUUACAAGGAGACCGUUCAACGAUACGUCGACCGGCUAGUCAUCAGUGCAGGACCUCAGAGCGAAGGGAAGAGCAUCUUCCUUCGGGAAGCAAGUGACGGCGGUAUCAUCGGCGUGGGUGUCCUUGCGGGUACCGUGGCUGGGGAUAUUGAUGGAAUCAUUGGGUCAACAUUUGAGCGAGAAACCGAGGCCGACAUACAUGCUAGGGUACCCGCAGGCUCUGAGAAUUGACGGAAAUAUGCCUUGUGCAUCCAUAGAUUUGUUUAUAAAUAGCAUUCAUAGCGGCAAGCAUGCGAGAAAGUUAAUUGAUUCAGUUCUAUCGUACAAACAAAUUUUGACUGCAAUUACAUAGCGUGGUAAAUGCUGAUCCGGGAGUAUCAUUCAAGGUUUCAUGUGAGAUAAUGUCGCUUGUUGGCCAGCCGCUACAUCCGGUGUAGCCACCGAUCAUAGUUCAAGUGAUAGGACGACGUUGGGUCAAUCUUGACGUCUGGACAUCAUAGAAACAUUCCACCUUUAUCAUUUUUCUGGUAUCAUGUCACAUCCUAGUCUUCUCCUCUUACUCUCCGAGAGCCUCGUAUUGCUCAGUGGUGUAGCACUUCGGGGUCCAAGCGUGGAUCUUGGGGAUCUCUUCCUUCAGGACAGCGUUGACGAGACGGUGACGGGCAAGCAGGGUCUUGCCAGCAAACUUGUCGGAGACAAUAACAGCUUGGAAAGCCUGUCCACAGCCACCUAUGCAAGAGAAGAACAUAUAGUUAGUACAAAACGGUCACAUAACCAACAUUUAAAGCACUAGGCCUCGGCAG